GGGAGAUUCGUCCGGAGAGCGCCAUGGCCGCCGUGCGCGCCCUUCUGCCCCGCGUGCGCGCCGUGCUGCGCCCUCCAGCCCGCGGCCCCGCGCUGCGCGCCUUCGCCUCGGGUGCUAACUUUGAGUACAUCAUCACAGAGAAAAAGGGAAAGAACGGCAGCGUGGGGUUGAUCCGGCUGAACCGCCCCAAAGUACUCAAUGCACUUUGCAAUGGCCUGAUAGAGGAGAUGAACCAGGCACUGGAGGCCUUUGAGAAGGACCCGACCGUGGGGGCCAUUGUUCUCACCGGCGGGGAUAAGGCGUUUGCAGCUGGAGCUGAUAUCAAGGAAAUGAAGAACCAGACGUUACAGGACUGUUACUCCAGCAACUUCUUGAGCCACUGGGACCGGCUCACCCAAGUCAAGAAGCCGGUCAUAGCUGCUGUCAACGGUUAUGCCCUUGGUGGGGGCUGCGAGCUCGCUAUGAUGUGCGACAUCAUUUAUGCUGGCGAGAAAGCCCAGUUUGCACAGCCAGAAAUCUUGAUAGGAACCAUCCCAGGUGCGGGGGGCACCCAGAGACUCACCCGCGCUGUGGGAAAGUCGCUGGCAAUGGAAAUGGUCCUCACUGGUGACCGGCUCUCGGCUCAGGAUGCCAAGCAAGCAGGUCUUGUCAGCAAGAUUUUUCCUGUUGAAACAUUGGUGGAAGAGGCUAUCCAGUGUGCAGAAAAAAUUGCUAGCAAUUCCAAAAUUAUAGUAGCAAUAGCCAAAGAGUCAGUGAAUGCAGCUUUUGAAAUGACAUUAACAGAAGGGAACAAGCUGGAGAAGAAACUCUUCUAUUCCACCUUUGCCACCGAUGAUCAGAAAGAAGGGAUGACUGCAUUUGUGGAGAAGAGAAAAGCCAACUUCAAAGACCAGUGAGGACCCAGACCUCUACUUGAGGAGGAAAAACGUAGCCUGAAGUGAGAGACGUUUGGAUGACAGAUCCAUCCCUUUGCCUAGCACACGGUGUUCAGGUGGAAGCUGGCAGCUGCCCGGUCACACAUCACUUACUGCUGGUCGGAUGCAGCUGCUGGGGUUGGGGUGUUUCCAUGCCAACUGUAAACAGAUGCCGUGCUGAUUAAAGUGACAACUGCAGUUGCA